AUGGCCCCAAAGAAGAGAGUCGCCAUUAUAGGCGCGGGUGCUGCCGGAAUGUCAUGCGCUUCUACUCUAGCUAAACAUCCGGAAUUUGCAGUCACUCUUAUCGACACAGAGAGCUACACUGGUGGUCAAGCGACUUCUAUUGAUAUAGAUGAGUCAACACAUGGUGCCAGUUGGUUGAAUGAUGGCAUUUUCCGGCAUACGUUUCAAUUCUUUCGUCGAUAUGGCUACGAGCCUCAGCCGGUGAAGCUUCAAGUGGCCUUCGGAAAGGGAAAAGACUUUUGGACCAAUGUCUUUCCCAGUCACCUAGUCGACGAACAUUCAUCAGAGAUCAAGAAGCUUUCGCGAGUCCUUUCUUGCAUCAAAUACUUGAUGCCUGUUCUGGGUAUCAUGCCAGUCAAGAUAAUCUUACGACUAUUUCGCUUUAGCAGUGACUUCAGCAACAAGAUGGUCUUGCCUCUUCUAGCUUUGUUCUUGGGCACGGGGAACCAAACCCCCAAUGUGUCGAGUGUUCUGCUAGAACGACUCUUCAACGACCCCCAGAUGAAGCUCUGGGAGUAUGAUCCGGAUACACUCUUGCCCAAUCUUCCUACUAUGUAUACAUUCCCAAAUCUAAGCAACUUUUAUCGUGACUGGACAUCAGAUCUGCGCAAGAAGGGAGUUGAUAUUCGGCUCAAUUGUCGCUCAAGCAUCCUCGAGCGCGGAAAGCAAGGAGUUGUGCUCCAACUGCAAGAGUACGAUGAUGGCCAAGCAAAAGGGAAUCCAUCGAUUGAGAAGUUCGAUGACUUGGUCAUGUGUUGCCCUGCAGAUGAAGCAAAGAGAUUACUGGAUCACCACGCUACAUGGCGUGAGAAAUAUGUUUUGGGUGGCGUCAAGUUCUAUAACGACAUCACCAUAACUCACUCGGACUCAGCAUAUUUCCAAAAAAUCUUUGAGAUGCAAUAUGACCCAGAGCUAUCGGCAGAGCCAUCUUCUGAAACACGAAAAGAGCAAAUAGCGUUUGCCGAGCAGCAGCCUGUGAGCCAGAAGGAUGGCUGGCUAGGGUUCCGCCCAAUGUACUUCACACGCUCCUACGCAUCUGACCCGGGCAAGAUUGAAAUGGGGUUUAACUGUAGCCAUUACCAACACCAAUUUCGUGAAAACCUAGGCGAGAACAAAGCGCCACUACCGCAAGACCAGCAUGUCUUUCAGACAAUCUUCUUGAAUGACCAAGAAAAGGAUCUCUGGACAUGGAACGACAUUGAUCCAUCGAAAGUUAUAUCUCGCAAAUGGUGGCACCAGUUCGGUCAUAGGUGGCAACACUAUCUUCGAGUUGUUCCAGGAAUGAUGUUCAUUAACGGUACCAACCGAACAUUGUACGCUGGGAGUUGGACGAUGGUGAAUAUGCACGAGAUUGCAUGUAUCUCCGGAAUUGCAGCAGCUUAUCAGCUUGGUGCUGAGUAUGAGCCGUUUGAUGACUUUGCCGAAGAUUUCUUCGCUAAGUACUUGUUGGUGUGUCAUGCGACAAGGUACAAGAAGUAUAAGACGAAGGAUACUUGA